ACUCACAGUGCCAUGCCCACCAUUCCAUUUCUCUAUUUCAACAAUAAUAAUGCAAACAGAUAACAAGUAUAUGCGUUUUCUUCGUUGUGGUACUAAAGACAUUUUUCAAUAUUGACACGACUCUCUCUCUCUCUCUCUCUCUCUCCACAGCUUUCUUUUAUUCAUAAUCCAGAAAAAAAAGUAGCAGAAGAAAGAGUGAGAGGAAACCCAGAUACUGGAUCAUCAUCGUUUUUUGAAUAAUGGAUACCCAUCAGAGCCAACAAAAAGUGCUAGACAAGUAUGAUGAAGACAAGUUAAAACAUGAAGUUAAAGAAGGCCUGACCGUAGCAGCAACAACGGCAGCAGCAGCAACUUCCCCUGCUUCGAUACCAUCAGCAGCAUCAUCUCCUUCUCAUGAAUUCUCCUUCACAAUAUCCCUCCACUCUUCCUCAACACCAGUCCCUGAAAAGGCCAAGCCUCCAGCUUCAUUCGCCAUUGAUUUGUCGCCAGCGGAUGAGAUCUUCUUCCAUGGUCACUUGCUUCCUCUUCACCUCUUAUCUCACCUUCCUGUGUCGCCUCGCACAUCUACCAAUUCCAUGGACAGCUUUACCCUGCCCAUCAGGGAAUUAAUGGAUGAUUCAAGGCCCACAAGGAAUAGCAGCAUAAGCAAUAGUGACAGCAUACUCAAUGGAAGAAACAAAGACCAUAAACAUCAAGGCAACGAUUGUGAGACACAGGGAAGAAGCAAGAACAAGUCUUUCUCAUUAUUCAGAUUGACAAGACGGCGAAAAGGGUGUGAAGUUACAGAAAAGGAAGACAAAGAGAAAAACAAAAGGAGGAUAAGAUUUGAUGUGAAUCAUGUCCUAAAGAAAUAUGUGAGAAUGAUUAGGGCACUACCGUUCUUCAGAGAAAAGAGAGAGAAUCUCCAAUUCCAUCGGCAAGCUCAUUCAUUUUCAGGUGGUUUAAGCUCAAAAACCAAGCAUGAGAUAAGGAGAGGAGAAUUUUCAGCACCGGCCUCGAUGAGGACAUCCCCAACAAAUAGUGGACUUCUUGUUGCAACAACCACUCUUCCUUCUUCUACAAGUGACAGCACUAUGGAGGAGUUGCAGGCUGCAAUUCAAGCGGCAAUCGCUCACUGUAAGAACUCCAUUGCUAAGGAAGAGAAGAUCAAAUGUUAGUGUCAGAUUAUUGCUUUUCAUUUUGAGAUACUAUAAUCAUUUAUAUCUGUAGUUUCCCCUGUAUAAAGUGGCACAUAUGAAGAUAUGAAUGAGCAUAAAUUGAAGACUGGUUCAACAGAUUAUUGCAUCAUAUGUUAAUGACUGUUCUCA